AUGGCGAAAUCCUCCAUUAUUCAGUUUCUUCUAUCAGUGUUUCUUCUGUCCACUUUCUGUCUCCAACCUAUCCAUGCCAUUAAGAACUCUUACGUUGUGUACUUAGGGUCACAUUCCCAUGGCCCAAAUCCUACUGCUGCUGACCUUGAUUCAGCCACAACUUCUCAUUACAAUAUAUUGGGAUCACUCUUGGGAAGCCUUGACAGAGCACAACAAGCAAUAAUUUAUUCUUACAAUAGAAAUAUUAAUGGCUUUGCUGCUCAACUUGAAGAGGAAGAAGCAUACAAGCUUGCACAGAAUCCAAAUGUGAUGUCUGUGUUCUUGAACAGGAGGCGGGAACUGCACACAACACGAUCAUGGGAGUUUCUUGGGCUGGAGUCUUCUCAAGGAAAACUCAAUAAUGAUUCUUCUUGGGCUAAGGCGAAGUAUGGGGAAGAUACAAUCAUUGCUAACCUUGACACAGGCGUUUGGCCGGAAUCCAAGAGCUUCAGCGAUGAAGGAAUGGGGCCUAUACCAUCAAAAUGGCGUGGACAAUGCCAAUUUGGAGAUCUUCGUUCAAAAAAAUCUCUCUGUAACAGGAAACUGAUAGGAGGAAGAUUCUUCAUCAAAGGCUUUGAGGCAUUUGCCGGCAAACAGAAUGCCUCUUGGUACACUACACGUGACGUUGAAGGCCAUGGCUCUCACACUUUAUCAACUGCUGGUGGAAACUUCGUUGAAGGAGCUAAUGUCUUGGGUGUUGGAACCGGUACGGCUAAAGGUGGAUCUCCAAAGGCAAGAGUUGCAGCCUACAAGGUUUGCUGGCCUCCUGCUCAGGGUCAAGUGGCUGGAGGCUGCUUUGAUGCUGAUAUAUUAGCAGGGUUUGAUGCUGCAAUAAGUGAUGGUGUUGAUGUUAUUUCUGCUUCCAUUGGUGGUGAACCCGUAGACUUGUUCAGUGAUGCUAUAGCCAUAGGGUCCUUCCACGCUAUUUCCAAGGGAAUAUCGGUAGUUAGUUCUGCAGGCAAUUCCGGACCAAGACCUGGAUCUGUGUCUAAUAUAGCUCCAUGGAUGUUAACUGUUGGCGCUAGCACAUUAGAUAGGAACUUCGUUAACUAUAUAGCUCUUGGUGAUAGGAAGCAUCUGACGGGAGCCACUCUUUCAGCUAUGAGCUUGCCAUCUCAAAAAUUCUACCCUCUGAUUAGUUCUAAGGAUGCCGGAGCUCCUGAUGUGCCAUCCAAUUUUGCUGAGCUCUGCCUCAAUGGAACCCUUGAUCCUAAAAAGGUGAAGGCGAAGAUAUUGGUCUGCCUCAGAGGUGAGAAUGCAAGAACAGCAAAAGGCGUGGAAGCCUCUCGAGUAGGAGCAGUAGGGAUGAUCUUGGCCAAUGAUGCCCAAAGCAUGGAUAAUACUAUAGCAGACCCUCAUGUUUUGCCUGCUUCAAAUAUCAAUUAUGAAGAUGGUCAAUAUCUUUAUAAGUACAUCAAGAAAGCCAAGAACCCUGUGGCUUACAUGACUAGUGCCAAAACAUUAAUGCCAAUAAAGCCAGCUCCUGUCAUGGCUGCAUUCUCUUCAAGGGGACCCAACACAAUCCUGCCUUCAAUCCUCAAGCCUGAUAUUACUGCACCUGGGGUGAACAUCAUUGCUGCUUAUACAGAAGCCAUAGGCCCAACUGAGCAAGAUUUUGAUAAACGAAGAGUUCCUUUCAAUGCAAUGUCAGGAACUUCUAUGUCUUGCCCUCAUAUUUCUGGCAUUGUAAGCCUUCUCAAAACCCGUCAUCCUGACUGGAGUCCUGCAGCCAUCAGAUCGGCAAUCAUGACCACCGCAAGCACUACAGAUGACGCCAAGAAUUCUAUUCUGGAUUCAUCCAUGAAAGAAGCAAUACCAUUUGCUUAUGGAGCAGGACAUGUUCAACCUGAUGCAGCUAUGGACCCGGGGCUUGUUUAUGAUCUGACAAUCAAUGAUUACUUGACCUUCUUAUGUGGUUAUGGCUACAAUGAAACACUUAUUCAGGCACUUUAUGGAAAGCCCUUCACUUGUCCAAAGUCAACCAAUGUGCUGGAUUUCAACUACCCUUCAAUCACAGUGCCCAUUCUGGGGACAAAUACAGUCAAAGUUACAAGGACAGUGACGAACGUGGGGAGACCAAGCAAGUAUUUCGUGGAUAUUAAGGUUCCUAAGGGACUUAAUGUCUUUGUUGAGCCAAGUCACUUGAGAUUCGGCAAAGUUGGUGAGAAGAAGAGCUUCCAGGUUAUGAUAGAAGGAACUGGUCGGCACAGGCCUGCAGCUUAUUCUUUUGCAGAGAUAAUGUGGACAAAUGGGAAGAACACAGUGAGAAGUCCUAUAGUGGCGCACCACAAGUAG